AUGGGAGAGGUGGAGAGCCCAAGUGUAAUGCCAAAGGUUAUAACUUUCCUCUCCUCCAUGCUUGAAAGGGUAGCUGAAUCAAAUGAUCAUAAGCAGAAGCUCCAACACCAGAAGAUCUCUGUCUUCCACGGCUUAACUCGACCCAACAUCUCAAUUCAAAGCUACCUUGAGAGAAUUUUCAAUUACGCCAAUUGUAGUCCAUGUUGUUUCAUUGUUGCUUAUGUCUACCUCGAUCGUUUCACUCAAAGACAACCUUCCUUGCCUAUCAAUUCCUUCAAUGUGCACCGUUUAUUGAUCACAAGCGUCUUGGUAGCUGCAAAAUUCAUGGAUGACAUGAACUACAAUAAUGCUUACUAUGCAAAAGUUGGGGGAAUCACCAAAAUAGAGAUGAAUCUUCUUGAGCUGGAUUUCCUGUUUGGUUUAGGUUUUCAUUUAAAUGUAACCCCUGGCACCUUCGAAGCCUACUGUGUCCAUCUCCAAAGAGAAAUGUUGUUGAUGCAACCUCUAAAUUUUGCAGAUUCUAGUUUAAGUUUAGGAAAAUCACUAAAGGCCCACUUAUGUUUCAAUGAGGAUGAAUCUUCCCAUCAAAAGCAACAACAGCUAGCUGUUUGA